AUGAAUUACCGAAUCUGCGGCGCUUUUAAGCGCCGCUAUAUUCUGCGGCGGUUAUUCCAACGCUUGCAUAUAAGCGCCGCAGAACGGCCCCCGACGCUCUGGAAUUCUCUUAUAGUUGCUGAUUAUGGGCAGCUGGAACUUAGGAUUCUUGCACAUCUUGCCAGCUGUAAGAGCAUGUUGGAUGCCUUUAAAGCUGGGGGAGAUUUCCAUUCAAGAACUGCAAUGAAUAUGUACCCAUAUAUUCGUGAAGCAGUUGAGAAGAAACAUGUGCUUCUUGAAUGGCAUCCUCAGCCUGGUGAAGAUAAACCUCCAGUUCCUCUAUUGAAGGAUGCCUUUGGUUCUGAAAGAAGAAAAGCUAAAAUGCUUAACUUCUCAAUUGCAUAUGGGAAGACUCCAGUGGGGCUUUCCAGGGAUUGGAAGGUUUCUGUGAAAGAAGCUAAGAAAACAGUUGACCUUUGGUACAACGACAGAAAAGAAGUUUUGCAAUGGCAAGAGGAGCGUAAAAAAGAAGCUCGCGAGUUUCAUUGUGUUCACACAUUGCUAGGGCGAGCCCGGAGGUUCCCUUUGAUGGCCCAAGCUAACACCUACCAGCAAGGUCACAUUGAGCGAGCUGCUAUUAAUACUCCAGUGCAGGGUAGUGCUGCUGAUGUUGCCAUGUGUGCCAUGUUACAAAUUUCUAAUAAUAAACGGUUAAAGGAGCUUGGGUGGAAAUUACUUCUACAGGUUCAUGAUGAAGUCAUAUUGGAAGGACCAACUGAAUCAGCUGAGGUUGCAAAGUCUAUAGUUGUUGAGUGCAUGUCCAAACCCUUUUAUGGCAAGAAUAUUCUUAAUGUUGAUCUCUCUGUUGAUGCCAAGUGUGCUAAAAACUGGUACUCUGGAAAGUAGUAGGUACUUAAGGGUGGGUUUGGAACCGUGUUACCGUUGCUCCAGACGUGCGUAAUUGCCAAAACUAUGAUAUAAAGGUUUUGAAAAAAUGUACAUAUGUAAACUAUGGACGCGGAUACUAACAUACACUAAGAUAUACAGCAUGAAAAGUCAUGGCUGUAUUUGGGAGAUGCUAUCUGAUUGCAAUUAAAAGAGGGUGCAACCUUGGUGCUUGUUUUGUCAAGGCAACAUCAAUGCCUUAAGUAUUAUGUGCUUGAUUCUAUAGAGGUUUUGGAAUGCUUUCGUAAUAAUACCAAAGCAUAGUGCAUUUAAGGGAGUUUGUUGUGAUUUCAUAUAUCCUAGGCAUAAUCAGAGAAGUAAGAUUUUGUGGUUCAAUGGAAAUCCAUAUAUAUUGAAUCAGGAUGCAGCAAAAGGCCAAAACAAAACCACUGGCCUUGGUUGUUUACUGCGUUACUUGGCAGGUUUUCAUGCCUUGCAUCUUUUAGCUUGAUGCAAACUUGAUCUGGAAUGUAUAUAAAGAAUAUGAUGAAGUGAGAAUUCUUGAA